CUUUUAGGGGAAAGUGAAACUGAAAGGGGAUGUUCUCUUAACGGCAGCAGUAGCUGCUGGAGGGGCUUGGGAUAGGAGCUAUGAAGCUGCUGUGCCUGCUCCUGGCCUUAGGCAUACUGGCAGUGAGAUGGGCCACUGCUCGCCCGGGGCCCUCGGUGUUGGAGUGUUGGUUUGUGGAAGAGCAGGGUGGUGGGGGAAUGCUUCGGGAAGUGACCAAGCGACCUGCUGUGCUGCUGCUGAGACAGGGCCCUGGGGAGCCGCCACCGAGGCCUGACCUUGACUCUUCGCUCUAUCUGAAAGUGUAUGAUCCUGCUGGCUCUCUUGGGGACUCCCUGAAGGAGUCUGUAACCCCAAGCUGUGAGCUGAAUCGCUAUGUCCCCAGCCCUGCAGCUUCAGACUGGGUGGCUGGUCUAACCCCUGAGCCUCACUCUCCUCGGUCCUUGGAUGGGACUUGGCUGGUGAUCAGCUUAUCUAGUCCCCAGGUUCGCCUUACCAGCCUCCUGCAACUGUCUCAGUCCCAGCCUGUCCCCUCCUCAGUUACCAUAGCAACAGUUGUGAUGACGGUCUUCUCCCACUCUCCUGCUGCGUUGGUGGGGCCCGGUAAGAAGGUCACAUUGGAUCUGAGUUUUACUUACACACCUCCCAACUCGGGUGGGGCCCCCUCUUCCCUGGGGCCCCCUCCCUUCGGGCUGGAGUGGCGGCGCCAACAUCGGGGGAUUGGACAGCUGCUCUUGGCCGUGACUCCAGGAUUGGGCGGCCAGGCCCUAGGGUCUCCAGAGGGGGCAGUGGCAUUUGCUGCCUGGGAUGAGGAAGGAGUGGAGGGCCCAUGGAGUGGGAACGGGACCCUGCUGCUGCCCAUUGUAAAGCCUCACCAGGAGGGUACUUACCUGGCUACGGUCCACCUUCCUCACCUGCAGGCCCAAGUAGCCCUAGAGCUGCAAAUACAGAAGCCCCCAAAAGUGACCCUGACCCCAUCACCUGUGGUCUGGGCAUACCCGGGGCAAUCUCCCCCAGAGCUCCUCUGCCUCAUUUCCCAUUUCUACCCCCCGGAGGAGCUAGAAGUGGCCUGGGAGUUUCAGAAUGGUACAGGAGGAGGGAGCAGGGUGGCAGGUGGUCAAGCCUGGCGCUCCAGCUACCGCUAUCACCCCGAUGGCACUGUCAGCAUCUCAGCAUACCUGCGCCCUCCCCCAGUCACGGUGGAGCAGCAUGGCUCCCACUAUAUCUGCCGGGUCCAGCACUCCAGUAUGAAAACCAAAGGACUCAGUGCCCAGGUGUCUCUAGAAGUGGCAGGAGUCUCCGGCCCUUCCUUGGAAGAUGGAGUAGGGUUGUUCCUCUCAGCAUUUCUCCUUCUCGGGCUGAUCAAAGGAAUGGGGUGGGUCGUGUCCUUCCUCUCUCCUUCUACAGACACAAAGGAAAAGAAAUCCCACUGAGAAAAAGAUCCAGGUGCUUAGAGCUCCGGGAGAGUCCUGGCAGACUGAGAAGAUGGAUGGGAGGUGGUUUGGGUAGGGGAAAGUGUGU